GCUGGUACAUCAACACUCAUUCCAUAUCUAGACUGGCAACGAUCCACAUAAAAUAUUUUCAAAAAUACACAAAUAAUAAUAAUAAUAUUUAAAAUAAGUUAACAACCAUUGUUUUCACACAAUACAACUACUGACCAUGACGGCUAAGAAGACAACAUUUGAUUUGAUGAACCUGGGAUAUCCCAUUCACUCGGAUCCCUACGAAAUACACUUCGAAUCAUCGUCAUCGCCAAGACUGCCCAGGGAACCAGUAAUGUGUUUCAAGGAGCUGAGGCAAAAGUUGCACAAGGAGGCCAGGAACAUGAUGCCGGACUUUUUCAUGCGGGAUCCAUCCUCCAGUUCCGAUGAGUCGGAUGAUUUGGACUUUCCGGAAACCCUGAACGAACGGGCACGCCGCAUGUCCUUCGCCCGUCGCCGCAAAUUGCACUACAACGAGUUCGCCACGGUGGAGUUGGCCAGGCGCCUGAUCCACGACGAGUUCGCCACAUUAACGGACAGUCUAUGCAGCGAGAAUAUCGACUUCAUCCCCGAAAUCGCCGAGGAGGAGUGUCAUCCCUGCGAACACGACUCAACUGACUCGUACCCAUACCUUCAAUACGAUCGCUUCACCACCCAAUCACAGAUUUCCGACGACAGUCUGCCGAAGGAGGAUCCGGAGCCGGGAUUCGAUAGCAAACAUCACUGCUUCGAUAAGCUUAUGGCUGCUAUCGAGGAUCAACCGGCGGUGGUAUACAUUCCCGCUGAAUCGGAACCAACAAAAACACCUCCACCCCCCGAACCGGAAGUGGUUGACAUACUAGUCGAGGAGGAGGAACCUCCAAGCCAGGAAAUUGUGAAAAAAGAGUCAAAGCACACACGGGUCGCGGAUAAAGGCCAGAACUGGGACCUAAGAACUGUUAACAACGAGACGAAGACGAAGACCAUUCGCUCGAAAAAUGCUAAAAACCGAGUUAAUCCGCGCACUUUGUAAACUAAGAUGGAGUGAAAAAAUCACAGAUCAUAUGAAAACUUAAAAUUUUAA